AGUUUUAAUUUUAUUUUUUAUCUGCAGUCAAAUGACUCAGACAAGUCAUAUGGACAAGACCCAAGGGUCAUAGAUGUUGAAGCAUUGAAGAAAGAAAUUCGCGAGCAAAUUUUAUCCGAACUGAAGGAACAAAAACAAGAACAAAAGCCAGAGAGACCAAAGAGAAAACUUAGUGAAAAACAACUUGCUGCAUUAGCUGCUGGAAGACAAAAGAACCCACGUUUGCUGGCGAAGAAAGCUAGAGAAGAAGCUGAAGCAAAAGCUAAAGAAGCUGAAGCAAAGAAAGAGUAA